AUGUCAUUCCAAAACCGAAAGGACUUUCCAUUUUGCUUUAAUAUGCUUCCGGCCUUCAAGGAAUCUUCUAAUUGGCUAUCUGGGAUUUGUCUUUUAAUAUCCAUUUCUGAUUUCUCCAAUGAUUCUAGUUUGUCCAAACCCCAGCAUUGUGAAAGUGAUGAGGAUUUGGGUUUUAACCAGAUGGAAUCACACCAUUUCUACCUUGCAUCAAGCAAUUGCUAUGAUCCUUUGGAUCCCAAUGGCAACAUUACAGUUACUUUUGACAUUAAUCAAUGGAUACCAGAAGGCUAUGUGGCAAGGGUAACAAUUCAAAAUUAUUAUCAAUAUCGCCAUGUUGAUAAACCUGGUUGGAAAUUGGGUUGGACAUGGGCCAAGAAUGAGACCAUCUUGUCUAUGGCAGGUGCUUUUGCUACUAAACAAGGGAACUGUUCAUCGUUCAAGUUCCAAACACCGCCGCACUCUUGCGAGAAAAGCCCUGUCAUUGCUGAUCUUAUGCCGGAUGAGUUAUCAGAAAACAUGCCAGAUGGUUGUUGUCAUGGUGGUCUUCUUGCUGCUUGGGCUAUCAAUCCUUCUAAGUCAUUCUCAUCCUUCGAAGUGACGAUCGGAAACUUAGGGGCGAAUCCGAAUGUGCAGGCACCAAUCAAUCUUACUUUAAUGGCUCCAGGCCCUGGUUAUACUUGUGACUUAAUUGAGGAUACUGAUCCCACAGUUUAUUCUGAUAUUGGGGGUAAAAGACAACUCCAAGCUUACAGAACUUGGAAAUCAACAUGCACUUAUUCCAGCUUUAUUGCCAAUCAAGCACCUGUAUGCUGUGUUUCACUCUCCACAUUUUACAAUCCAAAGAUCACAUCAUGCCCUACUUGCAGCUGUGGAUGCAGAGAAGCAGAUAAAAACACAGUUUCAUGCAUAAGAGAAGGUUAUAGUGCACCAGAAUCCGAUUCAUUUGAUAAUAAUGAUAUAGUUCAGUGCACUGACCAUAUGUGCCCCAUUCGAAUUCAUUGGCAUAUAAUGACAAAUUACGUUACACAUUGGAAAGUGAAGCUGACCAUCUCAAACUACAAUUAUGAAAGAAACUAUUCAAACUGGAAUGUGCUAAUUCAGCAUCCUGGUUUCAGCCAGAGUACAACUGCAUAUAGCUUUAACAGUACAAUGCUUCCCUCUUUUGGAUUUUCAGGUACUUUCAGUUUACAAUACUGUUCCAAUGGCCAGGAUUCAGACAUAUCUCCCGCUUCACCUCACGUGCCAGGGUUUUGGCCAUCAUCCCUUUUAGGCUACAUUGAAAGUCCUCUUUGGGCACUCACAAGCCCCUCAAGCCUUCUUCCCCAGUUAGAACCAAAGGCUCUCCAUUAA